CACUGUUAGGCGGCACUGAUAGGCAGCACUGACAGGCACUGAUAGGUGGCACUGACUGGCAUUGAUAGGUGGUAGUGACUGGCACUGAUGGGUGACACUGAAAGGCAGCUCAGAUGGGCACUGAUAUGUGGCAUUGAUGUGGCACUGAUGGGCACUGAAAUGUGGCACUGAUGGGCACUGGCAGGUGGCAUGGAUGAGCACAGAGCUGGCAUUGAUGGACAUUGACAGGUGGCACUGCUGGGGCUACACUGAUCAUCAGGGCACACUGAUCAUCAGUGCCCUGAUGAUCUUUGUAGAUGUCCCCUCAGCGUGCCAGCUCAUCUGUGAUCCGCUGUAUCCAAGGGAC